AUGCUAGGGGGCCAUGAUGUUUCGCGGCUCAUUGGCUCCCCGUUCUCGCGCGAUGAGCAAGAUGAGUUCGGGAGAGUGCAGGACACAAGAAGGCUUCUGCCACUCCCGCUUCCAAGCGCCAUGGAAGGCCGCCCGCCUGCAUCAAAGAGUCCCCUCUUCACCCUGCCACCAGAGAUUCUCGGAGAAAUCAUGAACCUACUGGUGGACGAAAAAGCUACCAUCUCUGCCCUGGCCUUGGUCAACAGCGACUGCAGACAGUUGGCUCGUUCCUGUUGGUUUGCCGAUGUGUGCUUCGACUAUGGUCCAAGAUCAAACCAGCUUCUUUCUCAUCUGACGAGGGAGGCAUGUGCCAAACAAAACAAAGACACGCCUAUCCGCCCGCCUUUCAUUGGAUCCUGUAUCCGCAGAGUGACGGUUCGUUCCGAUCGGGAUUACGUCGCUGAUGUACACAGCGAGCUCUACGACUCUACCCGGGGCGAUACAGCCAGGACCGUCACUGCUCAGGAGCGUGCUGAACUACGCAAGGCAGCCACAGACUAUUACUUCGAAACACAUAUCACUUCUCUUCUUACUGCCAUGAGCGUAAUGCCCAAUAUCGAAUCACUUGUCUGGUACGAUAAGAUGUGCCUUGACAAGAGUUUCUUCAAGUGUGUCACAAGACUUCCUUUACACCAUCUCAAGAUUUGCAAUGCGUACAUCGGCAACCCAUAUUGCCUCAAUAGCUUGGGACGGUCUGUUCUGUCACUGAAAACACUGCAUCUGGACAUUUUGGCGUGCUAUGACAAGGUCCACGCAGACGACGAGAUCUCCGAUGACGACGAGGUCUGCGAAGACGACGAAAUGUGUGAAGAUGACGAGAUCAGUGAAGACGAUGAAAUUUGUGAAGACGACGAGAUGGGCGAAGAUGACGAGAUGGGCGAAGAUGACGAGCUCUACAAAGAAGAAGAGCUCGAAGACGACGAACUCUACGACGAUGACGAGCUGGCUUGGGAAAAUAAAGACUUAUUACCCUUUAUGAGCUGUCUUCUGCAGGGUUGCAGUGCGACUCUCCAGCACUUGACCAUACGAUGCAAGGAUUCUGCGCGUUACGAGUUGCUUUCGUUCGGCCAUAAGCCGGCAGACUUUGGCCAACUCCAGCAUCUUAACCUAUCCGGCUGCCUUGACGAUCUCGACACUGUAGCCUGGAGUUCACUCCUCUCUUCGCCGCUGAGGCACCUUGCCUUGCCUAACAGUUAUUCAAGAUCCUUCAUACAGUCCAUCAAUGCCUGCCAACCUCUGGAUCAACUCCAGACGCUGGUGUUGCCAUUCUUUGGCUACAAGGGUGAGAGACAAGCGCCUGCAAUUCUUAACUUCAUUUCGCGCCAUUAUCACCUUCGCAAACUUUCUGUCCAAAACGGUGAGCCACAGCUGAUGGACUCUCACCUCGUUCCUCUCCUUGCCAAUGGUAGAUGGUCAAACCUCACCUCCCUCUCACUGGCAUGGCGUGGACCGGAUCGCUCAGAGGAAAUGUUGUCAAACAUUGCUUCCAUCUCCACGAAUUCUUUAGCGGCCAUUGGCAGUAUCAAGUCGCUGGAGCAGCUAUAUCUCACUGCCGGAGAAAUCUAUGGCGAUCGUCACCAAUGGCUGAUCGACCACACGGUGGUACGGCCAAGCCUCCGAGGACUGGUCAAGCUCAAGAGACUCGCAUUCUCACGAGAUACCUACACUACACCAGGCAUUUCCGUCGGUACUGUGGAAAACUACUACGACUAUCCAUUCACAUCACCAGAAUUGGAGGAGAUCGCCAUGGAGCGGCCGUACCUCGACCGCCGCAGAUCAAUGGAGCAUCUUUAUGAUGGACCGACUGAAGACGACGAGUUUUUCUAUCAAGUCAGGCUCGGAGGGGCUCGGCUUUGGGAAUGUGCUCAUCGUAACCGCAUGCUUCGAGAAGCAGAAAGAUACUCACGCGUGUUGCCUUCUCUAGAAUGGAUUUACUGCGGGCAGCGGCCUAUGGGAUUCAAGAAGGUACAGACAUCCAAGGGUAGACGUCGCAUUUCGGUACCUCUGACUCCGGGGAGAGACACUUGCUCUACAUUCCUGCAGCGCAUGUUUGCAAUGGGCGAAGAGAAAAUCGGUGAAGAUGAUGAUCUUGACUUCAUGUAG